AAAAGUAAGUGAAGAAUGGAGAAAACAAUCCUAAACAGCAAAAAAUUGAAAUCUGUGAUCAUUGUAUAAAAAUUCAGACAGCUAAAAUGUCUAAAGACCUGUUAUUUCAGUAGGACUAGUUUAACAGUUUAAUUUUUACAUUUAGCUGAACUGUAACAUUAGCAUCACAUGCUAAAUUUGGUAACUGCUGAAUAGCUGGGGUGAAGCUGAAACUAAGCUAAACUGUCAAAAUGAGCUGAAUGUAUUUAAAGAUUUAGAAGCAAAAAUCACCAACAAGUGUAAUAAAGCUCAGAAUAUAGGUGAAGAAUGGAUAAAAAAUGCUAAACAGCAGAAAACUUCAAUCUUUGAACAUUGAUUAAAAACUCGAAAUUUGAAAUGUUAAACAGCUGGCAUAGAGCCCUGCACGGGCCUAAAAUCUGAGCCCGUGUUCGGCCUGGCCCGAGAGGGUGGAGCCCCAGCCCGACCCGGUCCGAAAAGGUUUUCAGGAUUCUCUGGCCCGAGCCCGGCUUUUUUUUAACCAACUAAAUGAAAACCAAGUGCGUCAUUCCUGACCAAUGUGUUAAAAGACGUGCAGGAUCCGAUCAAUUUGUUUUCCCCUCAUUUACCGUCAGGGAGAUAACGGCACACUGGCUCUGGUGGUAAUCAAGUAAAAUUUUAUCUCUUUCCAACAAUUUUCACAAGAAAACAGAACAGUUAAAAGCAGGGCUUGUGUUGUGUUGACCGGACAGUUCCCGUGUUUGACCGUUUAUUUUGACGGAGAAAGAAUAGAAGGAAUUACCCCGACGCAGACGAACUGACAUUUUAUUCGUUACGCACAUCGCAGAUGUAGCUAAAUCACCCAAGAAAAGAUUCCCAUCUGAACAUCUGAGCUGGACACUGUUCAGUGCAGCUCGCUGUCAGCGCAUAUGUGCACAGCGAGCUGAAGGUGUGGAGAUUGGCUUGGAGCGCGUUGCAGAACCAGAGUGCAUGUGGGAAGGUUCCUCCCACUGAAGCGAGUGUUUUCCAAACCCUGUCCCUCAGAGAGACUUAUCACUUAGAAAAUGUUCCCUGAUUAUGAAACUUUGGCUGAAUAGCGCUUGUUCCUGUCUCCAAUGUGGCGACACAUCCAGGAGCCGUCUGAGGAGAAGCCCAGAAUCUCAUAUCCUCUUCAGCUCAGAAAGCGCCUAUGAUCACGCACAAGCGUGACCCAUCAACCCGGUCUCACAGUAAGACCGGGUUGGACCUGUUCAGGUUCACGCAGACAAUCUUUACAUAGAAUUGACUUAAGCCGGGCGUACACUGUGCGACUUUUUCACUUUUUUGAGCCGAUUUUCCAGUCGUGCGAGAAUCCACGACAUCGGGGCGAGUUUUGCGCCGAGCGGUCGUGUAGUGUACAGGGGGUUACGAGAGGCGAUUAACACCACGUGACCAGCUGCCGAUCAGCAGUCGUGAGGUCGCAUGGACUUCUGGCGUGUUUAAAAUUUCGCUCGACCCUCGUGAGGGUCGAGCUUGGACCAGAUCAGCCCGACGUAAAGAUAAGCCAGCAGGACAAGGAGAGAGGUCAACUGUACACACGAGGCUUCUCCUGAAAUUGAUACACCAGGAAGGCUUGGCUAGCUGGAUGCAAUCACGCUAAUGUGUUAUUUUGCUUUCCGUGUUUGUUAUUCAAAACGGCUGGGACAGAUAAGGCAUGGAUGAGUCAGGAGUUACGGACUUCAAACAUUUUUCUGAGAAGGUGAAGAAACACGAGUCAUCCCGGGCACACAUGGACAACAACACGGUGAAGCUAGCCAUGCUAGGCAGCAGAGCUAAUGUUGCCAUGCAGCUCGACAAGGGAACAACAGCAGCUGGGUGCAGAGAGGAUUAAGACUUUCCUGAGGAACACCGUGACACAGGAUUGGCUGAAUGCUCUUCCCAUGCUCUCCAUGGAAAAAAAGCUUGUCACAAACAUUCCUGACUUCAAUAAAAAGCUAAUCGAGAGCUUUGCCACUCAGAAGGACAGAAGGGCAACAUUUCUGUACAAAUGAGGUAUCACACACACACAAAUGCAUCCACUUGAUCUUUGUAUAAAGUUGACCUUGGCACAACACUCCAGAAAUAUUUAACAGUGUAAAUUUCUGGUGUUUUGUCUAAGAGGUGUUUACUACCUUUACUGUAACAGUGACCUGCUCAUAAUUUUUUGUGUUCACUCAAAUGUUGAAAUUAAACAAAAUGUUUUUGUUACUUGCCUCUUGCAUUGCCUAUUUACCAUUUAUGGUCAAGCUAUUUUAUGUGCGAUUUAAUGCAGUAUUUUUCAACCUUGGUCCGCAAGGCAGCGUGCCAAUAGUCAGACACACCUGGAUUAAUCAGUUUGUCCAAUGAUGUAAGACAGGAAAUAAGAGCUGUGCGUAAUUCAGGAAAUGGUGAAGUUGUGCACAAAGCUCAGAAAGCACAAGUUUGUUUAAAAAUAAAAAAUAGCACAGCCCCACCAAAAAUAUUUUUCACCAGCCGCCACUGUAGUAUCAGUAAAUAAAUAAUGAAAUCAGGGCAGUUUUAGUGGGCUGAACACAUUACAGUAUAAUUUUCUCAUGGGGUAUUUUCAUAACUUUCUAUGCAGCAGACUGUAGCAUGAGCCCAGGGCUCCUGGAGAGCUGCUAUCCAGCACGUUUCAGUGGAUUUUCCUGCUUUAACAGGUUAGAUUAGCUGUUAAGCAGCUCAGCUAUUUGUUGCUGAUUUAAACCAGGUGUAUUGAAGCAGAUAAACAUCUAAAACAUGCUGAAUACUAGCUCUCUCGGGCCGUGGAGCAAAACCCUGCAGCUAAUCUGAUGCUAUGGCUAACGGCUACUUACCAUUCAGAGCUGGUUCUGUUGGGUCGGUUCCGGUAGUUUCAGGCAACUCACAAGCUCAAAACAAUGAGCUCAGGUCUGCUUGUCUCCUCCAAAUAGACUUGGUCCCUUUCUUCUCGAGUGUCUGGGUAAGGAGGGGGAGAAACGUCCUCCACUUCUAAUAACUGCUCAGAGUGAAGGGAGCUAGCAUCGUCUAGUUAGCCAUCGUCUUCGUCACUGCCGCGGCUCCACCCUCUUGGUCCUCCAGGCAAUGCCUACUAAUGUUGCAGUUUUUAAAAUUGAUACGUGGGUGGAGUAAAACUCUGAGGGGGGCAUUACCACGUCUUUAAAAACCCGGUUCCUACACCUGGGGUAACCCUUUUAUAACCCGAAUGUUUAGUUGUGUAAACGCAUAUCGGGAUAUCCCCAUCAAAGCGUGUGUUCUGCGCAUGCUUUGUUCGCAAGGAAUCUUGGUCUUUUGAGUAGCGAGACGUCUUGUAUGCGCCAGAACACCGGAAGUAAACCACAAGUUGGGAGCAACAUGGCGAGUCGCGGCACAGCACCACACUUUGAGUGACGAGGAAACUAAAGCGCAAACAAACGCGGUCACUAUCUCUUCCGAACUGGGAAACAUGUUGUUGUUUUCACGGAUACCAGAACAAGAAGAACCGGAAAUGACGCAUAUUGCGUCUGGACGUAGUCCAUACGUCCUGACACUACCCCAACGUCCGCAUUUAAAUCGGGUUAUGCAAGUUAGAGGUAACUCUUUCUAUUUAUGCUUGUAAACGGGUUAUUCUGAUCAACUCAGAAACCCGAAUACCGACCUUAACCCGAUCAUAACCCGGAUAUUGGCUGCAUGUAAACGUAGUCUAUGUGUUUGAAACCCCUCUAGAGAACUGUGAUUGGCUAGCCAGAGUCCUGGUAGGAGCUGCGGAGGUUCCAGUGGAGCGUUCCUAGAUCAAACUUUGCAAAGCAAGAAUUUGGUCUAGUUCACCAGGCUAGGACAAAUCAGCACUUUUGAAUGAUUUGAUCUCACCUUUACGCCUCUGCAACAGCACAAGGCACUUAUGCUAAAGCAAACCUGCAUUUCACUCUUGUUUUUGGACUAAUUCACAAAUUUAACUGAAAGUUUCUGUUAUUCCAUCCAUCACAUUCAUAAUAAUAAUAAUUUAAUUGCUGCUAUUUGAAUUUAUUUGUUUUGUUUCUUUUCUGGCUCUGAAAUGCUAAGAUUUCAUCCAAAUUGCCUCGACAAUAUCUUAGUGGCUGCUUUAAUAAGUGCUUCUCUUUCUCUCCAGCAUUAAAUAUGCUCUGAAUUAUUAAUAAUAUUUUUCUAAGAACUUAAACAACACUUUCUGUUAAAAAUUAUGUACUCAGAUGACCUAGGUGUGUUAUAAAGCACUUUUUGGAGCCUAGAUGGUGCCAGUCAGUAUCAUAGGAAAAGCAAACUCGGAUAUGUUUUGCAGCUGAAUUAAUUACUAUGAACCAUUCCAGUCAAAUGAAUGUUUAUCCUAGGAAAGACCUUUUAAAUUAACUUUUAAAGAUUUUAUUUGCAUGUUUGGUUUAUUGAAUUUUUUUAUAUCAAGAGUUUGCUAAAAUUGCAAAAGAAUUAGGAGAUAAUGUACGUAGAAAUUAAUCUUCUCUUCAGCUAUUCAUUGUUAGCAAAACAAAACCAGCACACUUUGAGGUUAUUUUACUGAUAAAGACGACGACAAAACAUAAAAUAUCUAUUUGCUAUAAUAGAAUAGUUUGAUUUCAUAUUUAGUUUAGAGAAAAUGUAAUAAUCCCUCACGGUGGGUAACAUUGAUUUUCUUUAUAAAUGACAUGAAUGAUUAAGAAAACAGACCCAUGCUUUUCCACAAGCGUGACACCAGAUGUGGACAUUACUCCGGUCUCUUCUCAGCGCUUCCUCGAGACAUUAAUGACCACUCGCACUUUAUUAAAAUAUCCCUUUUUUUGCAAAGGAAAGGUUUUUUUUCCUGUACUUGGGAUCAGUAGAAGUUGAUUGGGAAUGUUUUUAGCCAUGAAAGUGAUCUGCUGAUAAUAAGCUCAAAUGUUUGUGUUAAAUAAAAACGCCCAACAGCAGGAAUCAGUGAUGAUGGAAAUAGGAAAUAUGUGAAAAUAAAUAAAUGAUGUGAAACACUUGGGAAAUAAAGAGUUAAACUGACUGAAGUGGGGGUGUUUUGUCUGGAUUUAAUUUGCUGUGUGUAGAUGGGGUUUGAUAAACUUUGUGCAACAUUAUUCUCACAAAUAUUUGACCAAAGUUUACAGAUAUUUGUUAAAGUAAAACAUGAGAUAUUAAAGUGCUUUGUAGAACACAAGUAUUCAGUUUUCUCUGCAUUAACUAGUUUUUAUAUAUAUGGAUCAUAAUAACUGAGCUCAAACCACCUCAAUCAUCAACAGUGAAUUAAAUUUCAACUAUAUGUAGGAUAUAAAAAUGCACAAAGCAUUGGUGGUAAUGACUGAUCAGUGGUCCUAUAUUAUUAUUAUUAUUAUUAUUAUUAUUAUUAUUAUUAGGAAGGUGGAAUAGUUUUCAUACCAACAUUGGAUGCUAAAUAUUGAUAUUUAGCAGAACAAAUAUAGAUCAGCAUUAAAACAUUCUCAUACAAUACAUUUUUGAGUUUGGCCAAUUUAAAAAUAUCCAUCCAUUUUCUGAACCCGCUUGUCCACACAGGGUCACAGGGGGCUGGUGCCCAUCUCCAGCUGUCUCUGGACAAGCUGCCAGGGCAACACAGAGACACACAGGACAAACACACACACACACACACACACACACACUUCAGGAUAAUUUAGAGGGACCAAUCAACCUGACAGUCAGUCUAACGCCUUAAUUUUCCUUUAAUCAAAUUCUAGACUUUUAAGACCCCGCGGAUACCCUAUCCGGGUAAGGGAUGAGGUCCUGGGUGUCAUCAGGGGUGUAACUACCUACUUUAAAUUCUUGCAAUGCAUUGAUGCAUCUGCAUUUAAAGGUCAAAAGCUCUAAGUCAGGGAAGCAAUGGCGAUCUGUAAUGUAAUGAUGAAACUGAUCACUAGCAGGAAGCAGUUCCCAAAUAUUUCAAACAAGCAUUUUGUUUCCAUGGAAACUUAAGCAUCCUCUCACACACACACACACACACACACACACACACACACACACACACACACACACACACACACACACACACACACACACACACACACACACACACACACACAUGCUACUAUAAAUAUGGAUAAUACAAUUUAACAGCUCCUAUUCAUUUAUUCUUGUAGAUGUGUUAUUAUUAUUAUUAUUAUUAUUACUUUUUUAAAUGAUGACCCCACUGUAUUGGUGGUCUGUUUUCUAUUUCUUUUGUACUGCUGUCGCUCCAUUUCCCCCUCCCUCUCUUUCCCUGUUUGUGUUGUAUGUCUCUUUUCUCCCUGCCUGUCCACGCUGGUGCGUAGGUGAAUGUGGUCUAACAUGCCACAAACAUAAUAGCACAACAAGAGGAAUAUCCCACAUCCCUCUUGCCGUAGAGCAAAACUGCUUCGGCAUCCAGUUCAUCCAUUCUGUCUGCUUCAACUACCUCGACUACCAGGAGGACAAUCAGGACAACCAGGAAAACAGAACUACCACGAUCAAACAAUAGUCAUUAGGACAACCAGGAAAACAGAACUACCACGAUCAAACAGACGGUUCAGUUCUAUGAUGUCAUAAAGGCACUAUUACAUACAGGUUCUGGAACUCUUGUAGUCAUUCACUUCGGAAUCUCAGCAGGCAACAGAUAGGUCUCCUGACUGUCUUCACCCAGUGCUUAGUUAUUUUAGCUUAUUGAUUGAAUUCUUUAAUCAGUAACUAUCUUAUUAUACUGAAAAUGCACAGAGCUGAUAACACACGUGAUUAUAGAGAGGCAUCUGUUUAUCGGGGAGAUUCUCCACCUAGGCGGAGGUUUGACAGGUCUCGAUCACGGGACAGAUUUCAAUCAAGAGAGAGAUCGCCAAGUAAUAUCUCCCCCCGUAGAAACCAGUUCUCUCCAAAUAGACCGAUGUUUCACAGGUCUCAACCCAGGGACAGAUCUCCAACUAAUGUCUGUCGAACUAGAAACCUGGGUUCUCCACCUAGGCGGAGUUUUCACAGGUCGCCUUCAAGAGACAGACCUCCAAGAAACAUCUACUAUUCUAGAGGCAUGGAUUUGUGGCACCUCGAUAAGCAGCAGAGAGCAGAUUUACAAACCCUCGAAGAAAAACUGGAUGCUCAAGUGGAAGCCACCCACAAAUUGGAGGUUAAAUGCCAGAAAAUUGGACAAACUUUGGAAAAGGAGCAAUCUGAUAACAAAAUCCUUCGGUCCAAAAACACUGAACUGAGACUUCUGAACGAGCAGCAGAGUGCAGAAAUUCAGUCCCUUAAAGAAGCGCUUUCUGCACAAGUGGAGGCUACCAAAAUUAUGGAGGACAAAUAUCGUAAGUCUGAAGAUCGGACUUUGAGGUUACACUGCAAACUAGUUCAAGAAAAGUGGGAAAGACAAGACGAGACUCAAAAUUUGAACCAAGAAAAAGAGGAUUUACUGGCUUCUUGUAAGAGCUUAGAGGAAAAUCUUCACACUAAAACUGAAAGUGAGUCCAGGCUGCAGAAUGAGCUAAACGCAGCUAUGAGACACCUCAACAAGUUGCUACUGGAAGCAGAGGAUUUCCAUAAAGGAAAGGCUGAAACGUGUUCCACGCUGCAAGACGCACAGGACCACAAUAAGCAGAGGAACGAUGUGCAGGACUCUACAAACACAGGGUCUAAACAGCCCAACAGAAAGGCUGUCAAACGGCAGAUGGUAAUGGAAAAUCAGAAAGCGAACAGCAUUGUCCUGACUAACGAAAGGAGCCUGAAGGUUGACCCACAGGAAGCGCAGGGUCCUACCUCAGGUGAGGUCAGGCUGGAAUCCCAGCUCCUUGAAUCAGAGCCGACACACCAGCCUUAUCUUCUACAUUUUCAGAAAGAUUUUAGUGAAAUCAGCGAAGGUUUAGCUGAUGCAUUAGCUCCAUUAGACGACUUCAAUGACAGCAAACCACAAAUUGAUCAAAGUUCUGUCACAACAUCAAACUCUCCAACCAGGAAGCGUAAGAGAUCAGACUGUCAAUCUGAAUCUGAUUCUUCUGCCUCUCAGAUCCAUGGAGAAAAUUCCUUAAAUAUUACAAAGGACUUUGAGGAACCUCCAGCUAAAUGUUCAAAAACAGACUCAGAGGAAACAGAAACAACAAAAUGGUUUCUGAAUCCUAUAACCUUCGAAUAAAGUAAGGUGUUUCUCCGGUGUCUGUGAGGGCGGGCGGAGGGGUGGGUAGCAUUCCUCCGACGUCCGUCACAGCGGUGGGUGGAGGUCUACGCUUUGCAGACUUCUGGGGUGGGGGGAUUUUUUUUAAGAACUCUUAUUGAAACUUUGCAAAACGAACAAAAGUGACUACAUUUCAAAAUUUGCUAGCAGAAUGACAUUACAGAGUAGCUCCGAAGUCCCCCUGGAAGACAAGAUGAACGGCUCUCUACAGGGACUCGUCUUUCAUCAUUCACUUAAAACCCGUUAAAAAUAUUAGAUUCGUUCGCGAACGACACAUCACUAGUGAUGACCCCAAGAUCAGGAUAAUAAAUAGAAAACAGAGCAGAAA